AUGGCGCUUUUUCUCUCGUUCGGCCAGCAGCUUUCCCUCGAGUAUUGCCCUGCGACGUUGCCUCCUUCUCUCGCCGUCUAUUUCCAUUACUCCCAUCGCCCUGCAUGCCCUCUACUCGACGCACUCGUUCGAAAACGGCUGGCUCUGUCGCGCCUGACGCAGAAAAUGCCUCUACUCCAAACCGUGGAGGUGAAGCAGAAGAGGACACUGCUACCACCGACGUGGACUCUAUACGGCAAGCUGCUCCCCGCCGCCGUGCCCGGAACGCCCACCGAUACGGGCAAGACUUCCCUACGCAAAUCUAAGAAGGCUCGUCAUGCGUCGAAGGACCCGCCCGAUCCCGAGGGCGCUGGCAUCGAACAGGAGCGCGGGCCUGGACGCAGGUCUACUCGUCCAACGAAAAGCCCUUACAAGUCGCGCAAAGGCGACACGCAGGGCCCUGCUGCCACCGUCCACGAUCAUGCCUCGCAGCCAGGAAGUCCUGGACCCUCUCCUGGGGAACGUGAUGUCGCCGCGGAGCCAGCCAUUGAAACCGGAGCUACGGCGGAGUCAUCCGUGAGUGGCUCAACGACGACUACUCUCAAAACCGUCCCGAACACAUCAACGCCACCCUCGCCCGCUUCGCCGACUGCGGCGGCUGCUCCUGGGGACCAAUCAGUGGUUGCGCCGUUUGGAGUUGAACACCGCCAAGAGGACCAGUCUUCGAGGGAACCAUUGUCCGACACCGCGCGAGACCGUAUAGCUUUUCUCGCACACACGACCCCGAGCCCAAGCUCAGGUAUUUCCCUUGCGGCAGCCAUCAAUCGUUCAUACCGCUCGCCAGGGGCAGCCGCCCAAGACGCUGGUGUGCUUUCCGCCCCGCCGACUACUGCUACCCCUGCGAACUCUAUCGCUCAGCCUGGUGAAAUGGAGGAAGAUGGCCACGCAGCCGAAGUCGGUGGAGGCGAUGGGCCUCAUGCGCCUGUACCCGACAUGCCGCCUGAUGGCAGGCGUCGCUCUGGGCGGACGUCCACCGCUCCUGGGAUGUAUGAGGGAGCCGACCCAGACUCCUCAGGCACCAGCGGUGACGAGUUUCACCCUGAGACUCCCCCGCCGAAACCGCGUCGUCGUCCAUCCCCUGAACCCGAUGAUACCGGUCCCUCACCGGGCAAUACCACCGCUCGUGCUCAACCCUCUUCAGCGCUCGAGCCUACACCAUCAUAUUCACCAGUGGACCAGGGCGCCGCUGGGUCUUUGGGAGAUGCCCAGUCCCCGAAAUCGCGGCCUGGCCGCCUCAGCAAGAAGGCCCAGAAGGCCCUGGAGGAGAAGAGAGUCGAGGUCGAUCGCUGGUGUGCCACCAUGUCUGCUGAGACCGGCAAGACCGCAGGGUAUUUCCUCAACGCGCUCACCAUCCCUACCGCCAAGCAAUACCGUUCCCCCAACUCAUGGUCGCGCUAUCAAAGGUGGUAUGCAGAAUACUACCGAAAGGGGGCCGACGAAGACCCGAAGGCAUUCGCGGCACGGAUGUUAGGAAGUUAUAACGCCCUAUUUGCCGAUGUCGAUGAUGACGACUCAGAGGCCAAAGCUGAAAUCAUGAAGCCCUACUACGAAUGGCGUCAAGAUUGUAUCGACGACUAUCUCAGAGACGACGAAGGCAAGGGCAAUGUCCGCAAUGAGCUGCAGCGCGCUACCCGUGAGAUCAAUGCCUUGUGUCGUCGUCUCUACAUGCUCUAUGGCUUCCAUGUUUUUGGUUCAAUCAUUGAUCUUGGUGAUGCGGGUUGUUAUAUGUUUGGUAACUCCCCGGAAUGGGAAUUUCUCAAAAAGCGCUACGAGGAAGACCAUACCAUCACGCUCCAAACGUAUCAAGCUGCGCUCAGGCUGGUCCGAGACCAUCUCCUAAGUAAUAGUGACGCCUUUCUCCAUCUCAUCCCUCUUCCGGCCGGGCAAUCCCAGCGCGCCGGUGCCGCGGUUGAGUCGUCCGACACGCGAGGGGUCGAACCCAAAGAUAGCCCUGACCAGUCGUUCGGUGCACCCGAGGACAAAGCCAAUGACACCGCGGUCCCGUCGUCCCGUGCACGGAAAGUCAAAACCGCACGGAAGGCCACGACCAGAACCAAGAAACCGAUCGAUCCCGGCUUACGUGACGGGCGCAAUAGCGCGCUGAGGGAGCGUUUCGUUGAGGCUUUUGCCACUGUUGGCCAGGAAGUCGGCAAUGUGCCAUGGAAGCGCAUGGGGGACCACCUUUUCAGGAUCCAAUGCCGCCUGGUGAAUGCAGACCCGUCGAUCAACCUCCACACGUACACUGUGGGGAAAAAGAAGCCGAAGCAACGUACGACCGGUUUUGUGCUCAAAGGUGCUAAAAACGGCAAACCGAUCAAGUCGAUGAUCACCGCAUUCAUCGAUGGGGCUGAAGACGAGAACGCCCCUCCGCAGUUCUGGAUCGAGAGGUGGACAGACGAGGAGAUCAACCGGCCGCUGCCUGAGCAAGGCUCGAUUCCGUUAAUAUUGGCAUGGUGCCCUGCGCCUCGCAAGAUUGGGGGUCGGGAUGUCAUUCUGCACACCCCUCGUGAUCGCCCGAGGGGUCCACCGAUCCCUCAAGUAGUGCUCAUCCGUGCCUCCUCUACGACGGCUUGGAACACGAGCCAUCGCGCCUGGAAGAAGAAAAAGAAGGUUACGCAAUCGAAGCAGCAAGCUCGCCAAAAAACAAUUGAGGCAUCUUCUGAAGAUGAGGACGAGGAGGACGAGGAGGACGAGGACGAGGAGGACGAGGACGAGGACGAGGAUGAGGACGACGAGGACGAAAACGAGGACGAGGACGGCGACGGCGACGGCGCCGAAGAGGAUGAGGUCCGCGCUGCAGGCAACCGGCCCGUUCAUCGUCCAUCCGUACAACCGGUUCCGCACCGUCAUGCCGCAGAGUCCUCGCAACCUGCUGCCCCUGCUAAGCACUCGUCCCGCGUGCGCUCAUCGCGAGGAGACAUUGGUGCGGGUGAAAUGGAUGUCAUAGAGAUCACGUCCGACGAGGUCGAAAUUCAGCACGCCCCUUCUCGGUCUCGCAAACGGCCUGCCGCCUCGCCGUUGCCCCUGCCCCCGCCCCGCAAACCAAAACCCAAACCUCGCCGUAUACGCGCUCAGUCAGUGGAAGAGCCGUCCAAUGAUCCUCGGUCUCACCCGAACCAUGCCUCGUUGCACCGGUCGCGGGAACGGAAAGGGUCGGUCCAGCCGCCGCCUGCGCGUAACACUCCCAUGGAGUUCAUCGAUGUUGAUAUGCUAAGUGACCAUGUUCCCGACUAUCGGUAUUCCGGGCCUCGUCGCCCGCAGCCCUCGCGUCGUACCCCAUUGGAUGCUAUCGAGGUUGACAUGGGCGUCGGCCGCGGCCGUGACUACGACUAUUCCGGCGUUCGCGAUCGUCGCCGACGGCGACCGUCAGCGUCACCGGAGCCUCGUGCGACGUGGUCGCAGCCAGUUACCAAUGCUUUCAAUCAUCGGUCUUCCGUGCCUCGUACUCGUCAACCGGGGGUAGCUCGCGCGCCGUCCAGGGAUGUAGAAACCGUCCGUCACAGUGAGACUCCGCCCCCUGAAGUGUCUUGGCCUCCGGACUUGCAAGAAUCGUCUUGGCCCACCGGUCAAGAUUUCGACUACAUGCCGGCGGUUCCACCCACUCGUGAGGCCACCGCCGGUGCUCAUUCCUAUGCCUUGAAUGCGGAACCUGAGCGCCGGUCGCGCACGGGUAGGACUGUGACGAGCGCGACCGAUGCAGGCUACGAGACGUCCCGCAGCUAUCGUCACGAUGCGGACCUUUAUGACGUCCGGCGCCGUCCCGUCGAGCGCCCUCCUCGCGGCUCCGAACCUGAGUAUAGCCCUCACCGUCGCGCAGGUCCAUCUAGAUAUCGCGCCAAUGGAUAUCCUGCGAGCUUACGCCCAACAUCCCCGGACGCCCUACCGCAUACACCACCCCGAGACGCAAAGCGUCGUGCCGUUGGACUCGGACAUGCGGCGCGUCAUGCUUCUCGAGGCAGGGCUCCGUCGCAACUGGGUCAACCCGGUGGUACGCGGGAUCACCUGUCGCCCGUCGUGGAGUCGCCAUACAAUCGGCCGGAUCCCGCCAUGGAGGGUGUCUAUCGCACCCGCAAGCCUGAUGUCGCAUACAGUGAUGAUGAUUAA